AGAGAAGCAAUGGCGUUAUCCGGGUCGGGUUCUUACUAUAUCCAAAGAGGCAUGCCUGGUUCUGCUCCUCCACAAACCCAAGCGUCGUUUUAUGGAUUGCAAGGGUUUCAACAUUUCUCCAAUCCCAACUCUCCUUUCGUGCCAAACCUAAACCAAGGAGGCGGCUCCACUGGACUCGUGUCUCCUCCUUUACCAGUUGAGACUUCUCAGGUUGAUUCUCCAACGCCGGUUGCACUUCCUCCGUCUGGUGAGACGUUUGUGAAGCGGAAGAGAGGAAGACCUAGAAAAUACGGACAAGACGGUUCUGUUUCCUUGGCAUUGUCUCCUUCAGUCUCCUCCUCCUCCUCCAUGUCCCCAAACUCUAACAAACGUGGCCGUGGAAGACCUCCUUGUUCCGGCAAGAAGCAAAGGCUUAGUUCCAUUGGUGGAUCGCUGCCUUCAUCGUCCGGGAUGAGCUUCACCCCGCACGUAAUCGCAGUUUCCGUUGGUGAAGACAUUGCAUCAAAGGUUGUGUCCUUUUCACAGCAAAGUCCAAGAGCCAUUUGUGUUUUAUCCGUUACUGGUGCAGUCUCUACUGCAACUAUUCUUCAGCCAUCGCCAUCACAGGGAGCUAUUAAAUACGAGGGUCGUUUUGAGCUCUUAACUCUGUCAACUUCUUAUCCGAACGCAACUGACAAUGACUACCCAAACCGCACUGUGAAUCUAGCGGUCUCACUCGCUUGCCCGGAUUUUCGUGUCAUUGGUGGUGGAGUUGGAGGGCCUCUAAUAGCAGCAAGCUCAGUUCAGGUUAUCAUUGGGAGCUUCAUUUGGGCUAUUCCUAAAGGGAAGAUUAAAAAACGAAAUGAAGAUGUCCAAGAAACUGACGCUUUGGGCGAUAACACAGCAGCAACGUCGCCUGAUGUUCGUCAGCAAAGCCAUAACCUUGUUCAGACGCCUGCAGGGAUGUGGUCAAUAGGUUCAAGAUCAAUGGACAUGCAUCAUGCCCAUAUGGACAUUGAUCUAAUGCGUGGAUGAUCCAUUUGUGUGUAUAAGCAUUGAAUCUAGGAGAUUAAGAAGAAGAAAGACUUAAGCUAACUUCUCUGAGAACAAAAUGUCUUUAGUGAUUUUCAGAAUUCAUGCUGGGUUCUUGAGCUUUUGGUUAAUUGAGUUUUUUUUUGCGCUUUUUUUGGGUUAAAAUAUACAUAUAUAUAUCAACUACUUACGUUUAUUAUUUCGCUACAAAAAAUAUAAAUCCACGCACAUAGUGAACGCAUGAUACCAAUAACUAGCCAUGGACAUUCGGUUAUCGGUUCGUUUUUUUUUCGAUUCUUUGAUCCUUCAGUUCUAGAAGUUUACAUCUAUCCGGGUAUUUUAAAAUUUUGGUUCGGUUUCGGUUAUUUCGGUUCGGGUAACAAAAUUGGGAACCUGCUAAUAUUUGAGGUAAUUGCGGAUCCUAUUUGGUUCCAAUUUUUCGGUUAAUUCGGAUUAAAAAUCGUAUCAGAAAUUUGGGUGUUCAGACUAAAUAUCACUUCGUUUGAGUUUUUGUUAAAAAAUUGGAUAAUUCAGAUAAUAUUGAAUAUUUUGAAUAAAAAGUAUUGUGAUAAUUCAUUUUUAGGUAUUUCGGCUUAUAAAUAAUACUUUUAACUUAUCCAUUUAUUUUAAAACUGAAUAUAGUUAAAAUUUAUA